GUUGUGACUGGGCUAAAGAAACGUCAUGUUUUUCUGGUGGUUUUUCACACUCUUUUCACUGUAUCUUGCACACCGCUAUCAAGGUAAUGUUACUUCAAUUAAAGCUUUAGAUAAAUAUUAAAGAAAGAGACAUUUCAAAAUGGUUUUAAAAGCCCUAACACUCCUGGCCUGAAUCUAUUGCUCGGACAAAAAUUUGCAUUUUCUUCUUUCAGUACGUCACAUACGUUUCUGGGGAUCUGCCCACCUACCCCUCCCCUUAAACCAAGAUUUGCCCUAAGUGAGAUGUGAGUGUUAAUGUUGGCUUGGGGGAGGGAUAGGUGGGCAGUUUCCCAGAAACGUAUAAUGAUCCUUGAUAAUGGGGUUGGGAAUAUGUGAAGAAUUAUACAGAUUAAGCCGGAUGUUAUUUCGCUUUCUUCUGGACAACAGCCUGCCUAGAUCACACGCAGCCCGGACGUAGUGAGUGUCAACAAAAUGGACAAAAUCGGAUCGAUCGGAGCUAGAGUAAUAGUGGACGAUAUUCUACUGAAAAGAAAUUAAAAAAUAUGUAACAUUUCAAAUAAAUGUACCUUUAGCUCUUUAAUUCUUUGUGUAUUGACUUGUCCUGGUUUACCGUAUUUCCUCGAAUAAUAGCCCGCGGGGAAGAUUAUCAUUUUUACGCACGAAAAGCAGGUGAUUAUUAGGGUGAAGACGAUUAUUCGAAGCAGGCGAUUAUUUCAAAUAUUGCUCACUAGAAGACUUCCGGGCAAUGUUGUAGUAUUCCAUUGAUUUACAAGUGAGUGAUCUACAAUUCGUGUACUUCUGCUAAUCAUAACAAUCCCUGGUUCUCCUUGGAUCCUGUGUAUAAAGGAAAGAUGGGGCAACUGUGGUGAGUUUUAAAUUAACUAAAUAUAUAUUACGUUUUACGCUGUCUUUAAAGAUUUUAUCAUCAAAUGUCAAGACUUGUAAAUUUUCUUACAUUUGGGUGUCACCAGUCACCGCAUCGUGCACUCAGAAAACUACCUCAGGCCAAUGUUCAGUAUUCCUUUCAGUUACAAGGGAGUGAGCUACAAUUCUUGCACUUCUGCUGAUUAUAGCGUACCCUGGUGUUCCUUGGAUCCUGUGUAUAAAGGACCAUUUGGCAUCUGUGGUGAGUUUUAAUUUGACUUAAAGAGUAAAGCGUCUCUACUCUGUCUUUUAAUAGGCGGUGUGCGUCACGACCCACAAAGUGUCAUGGGUAAAACUGUUAAUGUACCUCAUCAUUCGCGACAUGCUCGAGUACGCAUCUCGUGAGAGAGAUCAACAAAAACCUGGGAUUAAAACAGUGCUUCGAUUUCUGAUAAACAUUACGGAAGAGAACAUGAAGAGAGCGAUUUGGAGAAUUUUCAAGAUCUCAUAGUGGCCUUAGAUGCUUGCUAUUGGCUUCAUAAGGCAAUUUCAAUAUGUUUAUCGCGAUUCGGAUACGAUCGAAGGUUCGAUUUUAGCCGAUUUUAAGCCGGCGAUUUCCUGCUUCUCAGAAGAUUUUAUGUAUUGUUUGGCGCUGAGUUUAUGUGUAUAUUUUUAUCUCAGAGUAAAAGAGAUCUGUCGUUCAUAGGUGGAUUUGCUUGCAUUUGAAUGAUAAAAAAUUAUAUUAUCAAAAAUCGAGUCUUGUACUUUUUCUUUCUUGGUGUCACCAGCCGCAUCGUGCCAUCAGAAAACUACCUCAGGCCAAUGUCAGGGGCACCCAACGAGGAAUAUCAAGUUUUGGUGAAUUGUAUCGUAACAACUUGCAUAAAAUCAUAAGUUUGCCAUCUAUAUCCGCAUAAAAAUAGGGGAUUUUUGAAAAGUAGACAAGCCUAAAGGAUCGACUUUCAGAUCACUAGGCCAAAUUAUAGGGAUAAAAACUUACCUUCUCGAAAAUUUCAGCCAGGAAAAGGCUCCCGAAAAUUCUAGGUGGCCUUUUUUAGGGUCAAAGUCCGUUAAAAAUGGGUAAUUUUACCAUUUUGUAGAUGUUCGAAAAUCCUAGGAGAGGCAGGCAGGCGAGAAAUUUUACAACAAAUGCUCCGAAAAUUCUAAAUCUCAAAUCGUCUUCCGAACAGAUAUUUUCCCGAAAAUUGCCGUUGGGUGCCCCUGCAAUGUUGCAGUAUUCCAUUUAAAUACAAUACAGUGACCUACAACUCUUGCACUUCUGCUGAUUGGCACAGACCCUGGUGCUCCCUGGCUCCUGUGUAUAACGGAAGGUGGGGCGACUGUGGUGAGUUUUAAUUUGACUUAAAGAGUAAGGCGUCUCUACUUUGUCUUUUCAUGUGAUAUCAUCAACACAUCAAAGAUUUACAUUUUCGCUUUUUGGUGUCACCAGUCACUGCAUCGUGCCAUAAGAAAACUACCUCAGGCCAAUGUUGCAGUAUUCCAUUUAAAUACAAUGCAGUGACCUACAACUCUUGCACUUCUGUUCAUUGGCACAGACCCUGGUGCUCCUUGGAUCCUGUGUAUAACGGGAUAUGACUGCCGUGAGUUUAAAUUGACUCAGCUAAAGCAUAUUUAGUGUAUAUUUCAAAGUUACAUUAUCAUUAUACCAAGAUCAUUCUGUCUUUUCUUUGAUAGCGUUACCAGUCACCACAACGUCACCAACUGUUUGCGCUCAGAAGACAACAUCGGGCAAAUGUUGCAGUAUUCCAUUCAAAUACAGGGGAGUGACCUACAGUUCUUGCACUAAUGCUGAUCAUAACGGACCCUGGUGCUCCUUGGAUCCUGUGUAUAAGGGGGGAUGGGGCGACUGCCGUGAGUUUAAAUUGACUCAGCUAAAGCAUCUUUUUUAGUGUGUAUUUCAAAGUUAGAGUAUCAUUAUAUCAAGGGCACUGUCUUUUCUUUGACAGCGUUACCAGUCACCACACCGUCACCAACUGUUUGCCCUCAGACAACAUCAGGCAAGUGUUGCAGUAUUCCAUUUAAAUAUAAGGCAGUGACCUACAAUUCUUGCACUAAUGUUGGUCACAACAGACCCUGGUGCUCCUUGGAUCCAGUGUAUAAAGGAAAUUGGGGCAACUGUGGUGAGUUUUAAAUUAGCUUUAUUUAAUUAAGGCAUCUUUACUGCCUUUUUAAACUGACUUUAGUUUACUCGUUACAUUCAAGCUAGGGAAAAAACGCUGAAAAAUGCGCACAUUUGCGAAGCAAAACAUUAACAGACCAGCAGAAACUUCCCUCGCGUUUCUUCAAUUUGUAAUGGUCCGUCCCUUGUCAGUAAAAUUAACCAGGUGAUUUUAGAGAUUCCCCUGUUGUCCCAAGACUACUUCAGAUCCCUUUAGUAAUCAUCCUGAGAGAGGUGAUUAUAGUAAUCUUUCAUCGAUUCAAUUGCACGCAGACUGUGAGCAGCGCCGAAUAUAAUGUCGAUUCGGAAACGUCUUACAGACGAGUUUUGAUAAUUCGAGAUAACAUAUUUUAAUGCAGGAUUAUUUGAAAGUUUUGGAUGCUUAACGACUUAAAAAGUCUAAAAGAAAAGAAAAUAAAGGAAGUGAUCAUAUCUCAAAGUCCACAAAAAAAUAGUUCACAUAUAAGAUUUCCACAAUUCGAUCGCUUUCUUUUUCUGUUCCAUGGUGAAAGCUUCAUUGUAAUUUUCUCACCAGAAAAGUUAGCACUGUUAUUUUUAUUGACGGAGUUUAAGCCCUUUCCCUAUUGCAAACUGAUGAUAAAACUGUUAAAAUUUGAGAACGUCUUUCGACUCUCUCUAAAAUCCGUAGUAGACUGACAACCGCUACCUCGUAUGCAUUCGUUGCUCCUGUAUUUUGCUGGCAUGCAAUUACCCCUGGAAGGAUCUUGUGAUGUGGUAGACAGGUUUAAAUACUGUUUCGAGAGAAAAACAAAAACAAAAACAAAAAACUUGCAUUUCAUUAUAUUGUGUCACAACUAUUCAAUUGCAGAUUGUGCUAGCUGGGGUCGUUUAAUCUACUGAAUUCACUAUAAGCGAGUACUUACCUUAGUUUAUAAACCUAUAAAAGUUCCUUGUACUAGUCAAUUUAUAAUUAAUCACCCAUUUCAUAAUGAAUUUUUCACUUAAUUCCAUUCAUCUUUGACUUAUUAGCACAAGGAAGCUUAAAUACAUAUAUGUGACUUUAUAUCAUGGACCCUGGAUUUGAAAGACUCAAGGACUACAGUACAAUCUAUCAGAAGAGUACAUGAUUUCAAUCAAACAAAACUUAAAAUUUAACCUCCAGGGGCACCCAAUGGAUCUGUUCCUCAAGAUAUCUGUUCUUCCACUUAAGGGAUGGUUUUCGUCCUUUGGCCACACCCAAUGUCCUUUAGAUCCACCCCUUCCAGCCCCCCCCCACCCCCACCACUGGCUGAAUUCUGCCAUAUGACCACACCCAAACUAGCCAGUAAUGUCUGAACACGUCUGUAAGUCAGGUUGCAGGUUGUAGGUGCACCUUGCUGGCUGGGAACUCUUCCAUCAGUCUUGGUGGGAGUGAGGAACGGAUAAAUUUUUCCCAGCAAUCUCCCAAAAUGCUUAAAACGGCUUCACAAAGCUGUGUUCAUGUUUUGUUGUUGUUUUAGGUCUUUUUCUCAAAAUUUCCCAUUGGGUGCCCCUGAAUCGAGAUGUGAAAGCUUUCUAAGUCUAAAGCUGAGUAAGCGAGAUGCUAGCAGUAAAUAUUAAUCUAAAUAGUGUGAAACAAUAAAUAAAAAAAUACAAUAAAAUAGGCAAACAAGAUACACCUAAAAAAUGUCACUUUUGUUUUCUCUCUAUUUUUUGCAGUUUUUGCUUCCUUUCUCAUCAAUGACGUCGUUGAUCAAAAUUUGGUGAGCGUUACCUUGACGUGAAAAAUUAACCGGUGUUGUUGUGAAAAACAUUUUGAACGAGUAAAUAAUUUCUUUGUUGGUACCUAGUUCGACAUGUUCGGGACCUGGCGAUCAACACUUCUCAGAAAUUAAUACCGGAACACUGACAGGACUUUACAAUAAAAGGGUCAAUUAACUGUGAUUUUUUGCAUGGUGUUGGGGACUAACAGAAAGGAAGAUUUAGGUAGUAAUCAAGUUUGUGAACAAUAAACAGAUUGACCGAAAAGCUAACGAUUCAACAGAUAGCGCUUCCUUCAGAUCGAACAGAUUUGCGAUAGGAAUUAGUUUAACUUAGAGAACUUAGAGAAUCUCUCAAAACUUGAGUUACGAGAGACAUCUGCGCUGUUUAAAUCAGCGUUGACCAGCUGGAUUGAGUAACUAUUAUCACAUUUUAGAAUAAAUAAAAAUACGAGCUAAAUUAAAAAACUUAUAGAAG